AUUACACACGUGACCAUACUUUGAUCAAGCAGAGGUCAAGUGUGAAUUGCCUCAGAUUUAUAAGUUAACUCGGUCGCAUGGGACCGGUCAGUCAGUCAGUCAGUGUUGCAUACUCAAUAUCAGUCGGAAUAAUAGAUAGAUGUCGACGCAAACGUUGUUACAGCCUCGACAGGCGAGGAUCUUGGAUCCUUCGGAUAAGUAUAGGCCGGAGCCUGUUUACGCGGGAAAAUUGAAAAGGGAGUUCAGAGAUUACUCGGAGGACCGGAACGAUCCGGUGAAGGAGCGCGUCAGAAAGACGUAUCAGAAGAUGCACUCGAACCAAACCGUCGAUUUCGUGCGAUCACGCAUGAAGGAGUGGUUGCGAUUCGACAAGUUCAAAAUGACGGUGAAGGAGGCUCUGACCAAGUUGAACAAUCUGGUGGACGAGAGCGACCCGGACACGGAUCUGCCAAAUAUCGUGCACGCUUUCCAAACCGCGGAAUUGAUCCGCAAGGAGCAUCCGGAUUUGGAUUGGUUCCAUUUGACCGGUUUGAUCCACGACCUGGGCAAGGUGAUGGCGUUUUUCGGGGAGCCGCAGUGGGCGGUGGUGGGCGACACGUUUCCCGUGGGAUGCGCCUGGGCCGACUCGAUCGUGUACAGGGACACCAGCUUCGAGGAUAACCCGGACGGCAAAGAUUCCCGAUACAACACGAAAUACGGCAUGUACGAGCCGAAAUGCGGGAUAGAAAACUUGCUCAUGUCCUGGGGCCACGACGAGUAUUUGUACCGCGUGCUUGUGCACAACAACUGCAAGCUGCCCGAGCAGGCUCUGGCGAUGAUUCGUUACCAUUCCUUUUAUCCGUGGCACGCUGGCGGCGACUACAUGCACUUUUGCACCUCGAAGGAUAUGGAAACGUUGAAAUGGAUCGUCGAGUUUAACAAAUACGAUCUGUACACGAAGAACAACGAGGUGCCAGACAUCGAGAAAUUGUGGCCGUAUUACGAGAAACUGAUCGACAAAUACGUGCCGGGGGUGUUGGAAUGGUAACGGAAACACUGGAUUGGAUUGGAAGAUUGGACAUUUUUGGCGCGCCAAGCGAACCGUCCAUCGAUCUAUCGAUUCUCCACGGCUUUCGAGAACAAAAUAAAAAAAGUGGAUAUAUAUAUAUAUAUAUAUCCUUUAAUCGAUGUACGAUACGAUAGAAUCGUAAAUUUGUUUAGAAUUUUCUUAGUAAAAGGAAGAAAGUAAUGGGUCGAGCGUUGAUCCAAUCAAGGUCUAUGACGAGUAGUUUAUCGAAAGAGGGAACAAGAAAAGAUGAGGAAUGGAUGAGGUAGGAAACCUUCGCUCCAAUUUUUCCUUUCCUUUUGUCCAUUUCUCGAGCAAAGUACAACGAAAGCUUCGAAUGAUUCCGUCACGUCAUCAAAGAAUAAAUGAACAAAUAAACAAAAUAAACAAAUAAAAA